AGUAAACUGAAUUUUAAAAUUGUAUUACACUAAAUACAAAAUGAAAUUACAUCUUGCAAUUCGUGUGAUAUUAUUAAUUAUGUUUGCUAAAUCCCAUUAUACUGAUGCUCAACAAACAAAAGAUAAUCUUGAUGAGUAUAUAGAUGGUCUGAUAAAAAAUAGAAAGCCCGAUGACAAUAUUAUCGUGGGCAAUAAUAUUAAUAAUCGAGUUCAGAAUAAUGGCAAGACCACUAUUCAUUACAAUGGCAAAGACUAUGUGAAAUAUUGGAAUAAUAACGAUAACCGAGAUGAUGAAGAUCAAACUAUAGGGAAACCGAACAGUGAUGACAAUAUUAUCAGUGGCAAUAAUAUUCGAAAUCGAGUACAGGUUAAUGGCAAGACUAUACAUAACGGAGAUCAGGUCGACGAAAGCGAUGACAAAAACUCUCCAAAGACUAAAGAAUUAAAUUGGUUGCAAAAAUUCAUUAAUUGGAUUGGCUAAGUUGGUCAAUAUAUUGUAUUUUUUUAUUCAUUGUAUGUAUAUUUAUUUAGUUCAUGGAAUAAACAAAUACUCUCUGUCGAUAA